CUUACUGCAGGAUCCCAUCGCACCCACCAACUCCACCUGCCAGCACUAUGUCUGCAAACCGUGUAAAGGCAAGAGGAUGAUGAUGAAGCCCUCGUGCAGCUGGUGCAAAGACUAUGAGCAGUUUGAGGAGAACAAGCAGUUGAGCAUCCUGGUGAACUGCUACAAAAAACUGUGUGAAUAUAUAACGCAGACUGCACUGGCCCGGGACAUCAUAGAAGCGGUCGACUGCUCUUCCGAUAUUUUGGCUUUGCUUAACGACGGGUCGUUCUUUGGUGAGGAGACAGAAAAGCCCUCCGACUCCUCCUUCACUUUGUGUUUGACACAUUCCCCUUUGCCUUCGACCUCAGAGCCCACGACUGAUCCUCAGGCUGGUUUGUCUCCGAUGUCUGAGAGCACCCUCAGCAUUGCCAUCGGCAGUUCUGUCAUCAAUGGCUUGCCUCCUUACAACGGGCUCUCGAUAGACAGGUUGGGCAUAAAUCUUCCUUCGCCUGAACAUUCAGACACGACUGAUGUGUGCAACACUGUUGACAUAAAAACUGAGGAUCUGUCGGACAGUCUGCCACCCGUGUGUGACACGGUCGCCACUGACUUGUGCUCCACAGGCAUUGAUAUCUGCAGUUUCAGUGAAGAUAUAAAACCGGGCGACUCGCUGUUACUGAGUGUUGAGGAAGUGCUCCGCAGUUUGGAAACUGUUUCAAAUACAGAGGUUUGUUGCCCUAAUUUGCAGCCGAACUUGGAAGCCACUGUAUCUAAUGGCCCUUUUCUGCAGCUUUCGUCCCAGUCUCUUAGCCAUAAUGUUUUUAUGUCCACCAGUCCUGCACUUCAUGGGUUAUCAUGUACAGCAGCAACUCCGAAGGUAGCAAAAUUGAAUAGAAAGCGAUCCAGAUCAGAAAGUGACAGCGAGAAAGUUCAGCCACUUCCCAUUUCUACCAUUAUCCGAGGCCCGACACUGGGAGCUUCUGCUCCUGUGACCGUGAAAAGGGAGAGCAAAAUUUCUCUGCAGCCUAUAGCGACUGUUCCCAAUGGAGGCGCAACACCCAAGAUCAGCAAAACUGUGCUUUUAUCUACUAAAAGCAUGAAGAAGAGUCAUGAACAUGGAUCCAAGAAAUCUCACUCUAAAACCAAGCCAGGUAUUCUAAAAAAAGACAAAGCAGUCAAGGAGAAGAUUCCUAGUCAUCAUUUUAUGCCAGGAAGUCCUACCAAGACUGUGUACAAAAAACCCCAGGAAAAAAAAGGGUGUAAAUGUGGGCGUGCUACUCAAAAUCCAAGUGUUCUUACAUGCCGAGGCCAACGCU